UUGGCUGCCCUGUGACGCUGCCUGUUUCCCUCACUUUUCACUCCUUCUUUUCACGUCCGGCCCCAUAUCUGAAAAUUUGUCAUUAUUGUGUAGCACCACGGCUGCUGUAUAAAACCAUUUUGCACUGCUCGGAUCAUCCGCUGUCCUGCUUCAUCCGCUUUCAUCUUUCUUCUCUGGCGUACGUUGAUCCGUUCUCCUUCUCUGUCCUGUUCUGUCCUGUCUGUGCCUCUAUCUCCGCUUUCGACACACACGCCUACCCACACAAACAGCAUGAAGUUUGACGUUCUGUCGAAAUUCAAGAAACAAGCAGACGUCCACGAGGAUGUUCGCUCCAUCGGCAACAGCUCGCCCUUCAGCCAUGACACAGAAAUGGGCACCGCCGACCCGGGUGCAGAGCUAUACAUGAUCAGCUCCAACAACGAGAUUGCAGCCGCCAAGUCAAACAGAUCCAUCGAAAAGCUUUCGGAAAAGAAGAGUGCCUACGACAUCGACGAUAUCAACUCCCAGGACGACAUCGAAGGAUACGUGCACGAGACAAAGGUCAAGCGUGGGUUGAAGCAGCGUCAUGUCUCCAUGAUUGCUCUCGGUGGUACCAUCGGUACCGGUUUGUUUGUCGGUACCGCCACUCCGCUCCAAUUGUCCGGCCCGGUCAACACCCUUAUUGCUUACCUCUUUUUCGGUGCACUAGCCUAUUCCGUCACCCAGUCCUUGGGUGAAAUGGCCACCCACACCCCCGUCGCAGGUUCUUUCUGUACCUUCAACACCAAAUACUUGUCCAAGGCCAUUGGGUUCGCCACCAAUUGGUGUUACUGGUUUUCUUGGGCCAUCACCUUUGCCAUCGAACUUUUCGCCGUCGGACAGAUCAUCGAGUACUGGACCCUGGCAGUGCCAACCUGGGCAUGGAUCUUGAUUUUUUACUUUGUCCUCACAGGAGCCAACUUCGUUCCAGUCCGUUACUACGGUGAGGUCGAGUUCUGGAUUGCCUUCAUCAAGGUCAUUGCCAUCGUCGGUUUCCUCAUCUACGCUUUAUGUAUGGUCUGCGGUGCAGGUGUUACCGGCCCGGUGGGCUUCAGAUACUGGAGACACCCUGGUCCUUGGGGUGCAGGUGCAGGCUUGGUCAAGAACAAAAAUACAGACAGAUUCCUCGGUUGGGUCUCCUCUUUGAUCAAUGCAGCAUUUACCUACCAAGGUGUCGAGUUGACUGGUAUCUCUGCCGGUGAGUCCGCUAACCCUAGAAAGACUGUUCCCAAGGCCAUCAACAAAGUCAUUGUCAGAAUUCUUCUUUUCUACAUUUUGACUUUGUUUUUUGUCGGAUUGCUUGUUCCUUACAAUGACCCAGCAUUGGCUUCCACAACGAACUUUAUUUCCUCAUCUCCAUUCUUGAUCUCAAUCACCAACUCCGGUACCCCUGUUUUGAGACACAUCUUCAACGCCGUCAUGCUUGCUACAAUCAUAUCCGCAGGUAAUUCCAACGUUUAUAUUGGUUCUCGUGUCCUUUAUUCCAUGGCCGGAACAACAGCACCAAAAUUCUUUGCCCUCACCAAUCGCCACGGUGUUCCUUAUGUCGGAGUCAUCACUACCUCUCUCUUUGGUCUCCUAGCUUUCUUGAACGUUUCCAACAGUGGUAAGACUGUUUUUAACUGGUUGAUGAACAUAUCUGCAUUGGCAGGAUUGAUCUCCUGGUGUUUCAUCACGGCUGCACACUUGAGAUUCAUGACAAUCUUGAAGUCAAGAAAUAUAUCUCGUGAUACCUUGCCUUUUAAGGCAAACUUCGGGCCUAUUAUCACUUGGAUAACUGAGUUUUUCCUUGUUUUGAUCGUAUUCAUCCAAGGUUACGCAGCCUUUUUCAAUUUUACCGCCAACGACUUCUUUGCUAGCUACAUUUCCUUAAUCAUGACUGUUGUGUUUUGGAUAGUCGCUCAAUUGACAUACUACAGACAUGACCCUUGGCUUAUUCCUACAGAUGAAGUCGACCUAGAUUCCGAAGCUAGAAACGUCGAUGACGAAGUAUGGGAAGACGAAGAGGAGAACGAAAAGAAAUCGCUAUACGACAGAUUUUGGGACGUUUUGCUCUGAACGCUCCAAAUAGAGAAAAAAUACAAAUUACAAUCCACCUCAUUUAUAGACUUUACUUUUAAUACCUUUCGUUUCUUUGUUCUUAACUAUUUUGCAUUUACUUCAUACGUGCUAGUGUGUGUAUAUUUAUAACUAAUCCGAUAAUUCAUGUAUCCUGUGUAAAAUUAACUGUUGGACACGCU